CAGCGAAGACACUCUCCCUGCACCGAGGCCCUGAUCCACUCUGUGUCCCGCGUUCUCUUUUAGAACGCGGCCCGGGGUUGCUAGGGGAACGCCGAAAGAAGCCGGCUACUGAAAGAAGGAGAACGACACUGCAACGCACAUGGCUUGUGCAUGAAGUAUUGCAGGUAGGGAAAGUCGCCAGCUAGAUUCCCGAGCUCACCAUGAAUGACCUGGAGUCCCUGGCAGUGCCAAGGAACGAUCAUCCUAGGUACUCACUGCAGCUGGAAAACAGGAGGAGGAACGUUUUUGUAACCCAGUUAGGGGAAUACAGGGAAGAAGAGGAUAAAGAUGUUACUCAUAUCCCUAUCAUCAGCGAGGCCCCCAGCAAGAUUCUUGAGACUGAUGCAAACUCUUUGCAAAAAACCUUGGUUCUGAAGAAAGAGGUUGAAGUUGAUCGUGUCACGGCAGAGCUGAUUGCUAAGAGGCAGGAAUUUAAAGAGCGGAUGGAAGCUGUGGCUCAGCGGAGAGCACAAUUUGCCAAAAAGCAGCAGGAUAGCAGGAAUCAAGCUCUUAAAUUUGACAAGUUUCUUAAAGAAAGUGAUGUGAAGAGGAGGCGUGCACUCCAGAAAUACCAAGCAGAAGUAAAAAUGAAUGAAAUAAAACAGAGGGAGAUAGAUAAAUUGGUAGCAGAACUUGAAAAACUCAAAGUCAGACAACAGAAGCUGCAGAAGAAGGUAGCCAAGCAAAAAGUCUAUGAGGAUUUCCUACUGAAAGUCAUUGACCAAUUGCCUGACAACUAUCCGAAGUACGGUGCAGAUUCUGUCAUUGGAGCUAUCAUCAGGCGGCAUGAGACGCUGUCUGCUACAAACCAGACCUUGAUAAAGAACUUGAUCACCCUGUCAGAUGACUUUGAGAAAAGCCAGCAUGACCUGGAAACCUUGCAACGGGAACAUGAUACCACAAAACUUAUGCUGAUUAGGGAACUGUCUGAGCUUCAGAUGAAGUGCAACAGAAUACAGGAGAAAAAUAAGCAGCUGGAAGUCAGUAUUAACCACGAGAAAGGUCACUUCAGAUAUCAGAGUCAAGAGCUAGGCAGCUUGUUGUUAGCUAUCGCCAACCUGGCUGAGCAGUGCCACAUGCAGCAUUAUGGCUCCUUGCAGGAAAUGGAAUGGUUGUCAAAGCUGGACAUGAUCCAAGAAUUCAUUUUGGAAAAAAAGCAUAUCCCGCAAUUAGCGACUCAGCCUGAUGAAUCUGGGGCCUUGCUAUCUAGUCUUGGAGACCAAACUCAGAGCAGAAAAAUGGGAAUCACCAAGAAGAAGUUCCAAAGCCAAGUUCCAGCAGGCAGUGGUGGUGUUAUACAAACUCCCCAAAACAAGGGGAAAGCGUCAGUGUGACACUGUUUUGUAUUAAUGUGUUGCAGUUUCCAAAGCAAUGGAAGAGAGGAAAUAUGCAAGCUUCCUCAGACUUACUGACUUUUCUUACUGUGAAAUGCUUCUUUCUAGUGCCUUCAUUUUUAAUAUUUGUGUCUUCCAUACACUCACAAGUUUGGCAACGGUUUACACAAUUCCUGGACUGUAACUCAAAAGGCAAAAAGCCAACCAAUAAUGCAAAUGAAAAUUACGUUGGUUUUGCUAUAUGGAUAUAGGAUUAGUCCAUUACUAACUGUGGGUUUUAUCCAUGGCACCUCCAGUGAAAUUAGUAAGGAGUCAUUUGUGAUAUUCCAUUCUUUGACUAAAAAGUAAGACUAAAAUAGAUUCAAUAAAACAUAUUGGACCACAAUGUGAGAGUAGUUAAUUUGUUGUUUGUAAAACAUACACUGAGAUCUUUAUCUGAAAAUUGCAAUGUAAAUGCCAAGUAUCAUUAUGUUGCAAUGUGUGUUUUUCUGUGGGCUUGUUUGAAAUUACAUCUGGGGACAAGUUCUCAGCUAUACUGAUUUACGGCAGCUGGCCCGAGACUUUUUCAAUGUCGUCACAAGGGUUUCAAUUCCCUGUUACCAAGGGGAGAAAUUGAAACAGAAGGUACAAAGUGACUUAGCUGGAAAAGCUAGAGGAACUCAAUGCUGAUAACAAGAAGUUCAGGACUAGGUUAAUGGCCUUUGACUCAGUUCAAGUAUAAUAUGAGUUUAAUAGCUCAGACAUUCAGAUGCUUUCUCAUGGUCAAGUCUCCCGUGACACCUAAGGAGUUAGCCAUCUAAUAAUGGCUUACAUGGAGGGGGACCAUUAAUAUUAUUAUAUUUGUAUUGUGUUUUUUCAUCCCAUCCUUCAUCUAUUGCUUGUCUUCUUUGAUUGUGAGCAUUGUUACUUAUUGUAUUACCAUUUGUUUAUUGUUAUAAGUUACUGUGUCAUUCUGUGAACAUUCCCUUACCUUAAUUGUGAGCUCAACUGUGAGAAGUAAAUUUAUAGGUCCAGUUAUUAUAACAGAGCCCGAGUCAUGGACCAGCACCUCAUUGUGCUAGGCGCUGUAUAGACACAGAACAAAAAUUGCCCCACUGCACCCUCUUGGGAACCAAAGCAAGGGCUCAGUUUUAGAACCUCAAAGAUUAAUUAUCCUCAGCUCGGUCUCACUCCUUUCCCAAAACAGAAUCAUUGCUGUGUGGUGUUCUUUUAAGA